AUGGAGCCGAACUCACUGAAGUGGGUGGGCUCGUCUUGCGGUUUACAUGGACCAUAUAUAUUCUAUAAAGCCUUUAAAUUUCACCAGGACCGUAAACCGAGGAUUCUGUCUCUCGGAGACUUUUUCUUCGUCAGAUGUAAACCGGAGGAUCCUAUUUGCAUAGCGGAGCUUCAGCUGCUCUGGGAAGAAAGAACAAGCAAGCAACUUUUAUCAAGCUCCAAACUUUAUUUUUUACCCGAGGAUACUCCCCAGGGACGCACAGCCACCCAUGGAGAGCACGAGGUAAUUGCGGUGUCUGAGAAGGUGAUUGUGCGUCUGGAGGACUUGGUGAAGUGGACGGUACCAGACUUCUCGGGAUGGACCCACUGUCUGAAGGCCGAGCCUCUCAAAGCCUCCGUGCUCCGGGAGCUGGGGACCAACGGGAGGCGAGAGGCCCUCCAUCGGUACCGCGAGAGCACACUGACCAGCGGACUCAACUUCAAGGAUGUCCAGCGGGAGAGAGCACAGCUUGGCCAGGAGGAGGAUGGGCGGAAGGUUUUGGUCCUCAGUUACCCCCAGUAUUGCCGGUUUCGCUCGGUGUUAGUACGUCUCAGAGAGCAGCCGUCCUCUCUGACCAUCGACCACACGGUACUGGCGCUGGGCGGCAUCGCGGCGCUGGGCGGCAGAACGAGCGUCCUGUACUGCCGGGACACCUUCGAGCACGCCGCCCUGCUGAAGUACGAGAGCAUAUGUGACGAGUUCGCGCCUAACCUGAAGGGGCGACCUCGGAAGAAGAAGCUGUCCAUCUCUCAGAGGAGGGACUCCCUAGGCCUGGCUCAGGGUCAGGGGUCGUCAGGGUCGUCAGGGUCCACCCCGGGGUCGGCGGUCGUGGCAGCGCUGGAGCUCUGCAGCCCGGAAAGCAAAGUUAGUACCAAGGUCAAACCCAGCUGUAAAACGGUACCCAAUGGAAAGAUUUCAGCCAGACACAAGGCCAACAGCCUCAGCAGGAAAUACUCAGCAGAAGAGAAGGAAAGAGGGAAGGAGAGGGAAAAGGAAAAGGAGGAGAGGGACGAGACAGAUGAUAAUGACGAGGAGGAAACAUCGGAGGAGAGCCGAGCGGAGGAGCAAGCGUUCUUAGUCGAGCUCUACAAGUACAUGAAAGAAAGAGACACGCCCAUAGAGAGGAUCCCCUUCCUCGGCUUCAAACAGAUCAACCUUUGGACCAUGUAUCAAGCUGCUCAGAAACUAGGAGGAUAUGAGUUAAUCACAGUCCGCAGACAGUGGAAGCAUGUGUAUGAUGAAUUGGGCGGGAACCCGAGCAGCACCAGCGCCGCCACGUGUACGCGGAGACACUACGAGAGGCUCCUCCUCCCCUAUGAGAGGCAAAUUAAAGGCGAGCAUGACAAACCCCUCCCCUUGUCCAAACCCAAGAAGCAGGAGGGCGGCCAAGAGAAGGCGUCAGGAGCCAAAUCCAAAGGAGUGGGGGCCAAGAAAUUGAAAAGCCCCAACAAUCCCAAGCUGGGGAGUAGAAAGGACCGGGAGGAGACGGUGAAAGACCAAGAACAAUCACAGGACUCCAAGGAGAAAGAAGAGAAUCAUGAGCUGUCGGCAGCUAUAAAACAGGAAAUAUCUCUGAGAGAUGAACCAAUUGUAAUAGAGGAGGAAGAGUUACAUCUCACCCUCAAGAAAGAGGAGUCCUUAGGGGUGGAGCGGCCAUCUUUACUGUGCCCCAAAGAGCAAGACUGCAGAGCCCCGCAUCUACUCCUCCACACGGGGCCCGGGCCCCAGCCUGAAUGGAGGCAAAUCAGCGAAGCCCUCCAAGCAAAACUGUCCUGUGAACAGCAAAGUGAAGGGCAUUUCUUUCCUAAAAACCCCUACCUACCACACCGUUGGGAUCAGAACAAACCUGCUGGACAUGUUGCUCUGCCCGAGCCCUCCUCCAGGGUCAAAGACUCCGUAGAAAGUCACGGUGGGAGAGUGGGGAAAGUGUUACCAAUGUGUAAGCAGGCAGAGUGUAUAGACUUGAGCACAGAUUCCUAUCCAGAGAAAGAAGACUAUGGGGUCAUUAGGAAGGAGUCGACCCAGACCCCCGCACAGACCGCCGCCUACUGCAAAGCCAGCCAGGGGGUCAUGUCUCCUUUAGCCAAAAAGAAGCUCCUCUCCCAAGUGUGUGAGUCCAACCCUUUCUCCUUUACUACUCCUUCUCUUCAGCCUCCACCUCCCACGGCCACUUCUUCUCUCCCUGUCAUAUCAGUUCCUGAAAGGGAGAAGAGAAAGGGUGAGGAGGAGGUGGUGGGACAGAGGUGUGUGUCGGACAGCAUCCCGGAGGUAGCGCCCAUUUUCAGGCCCUCGGUCAUCCAGCACGCCCAGAGCAGCAAGCCUCACCAACCAGCCUCCAGCGGGGCGUCAGAGAGGAGCGCAGCGGGGGAGAGUUACAGCUGUCGGACAAGCCAUCACCUCCAGCCUUCAAUGAACCCGCCGUGGCAACCCUAUCUCCCCCGAUGCCAUGCCCAGGACGGCAUGGAGAGCGCCGAGGAGAAGCUCCUGAAGUGCUCCCAGCCCCGGAGCUACACGGGCGACUGUUACUCCUCGCCUCACCUCCACAGUUUGUACAGGCAAACUGAGAACUGCCUGAGCCAGGAGAGGAUGGUGGGCUUCCCCAACGGAGACCGGAGGGAGCGCUACAGCAGGGAGCACGAGGGCAGCUUUGUGGUGAGUGGGCUGGAGCAGGAGGGCUUAGCCUACAGAUCUCACUACAGCGACAGGACUCAAAUACACGCCGAGAGGAGAGAGGCGGACGAUGAGCCCAGAGACUUUACAAUCGCUAAACCUCUCUCUCAGAGGGUGUCCCCCUACUCCAAGUCCUCCUUCUGCGGCCUACCGUAUCCCAUCAUGCACCAGGGUUUGGAUUCCCACCCUAAGUCGUGCAGAGUUCCCCCAAUGACCAUCUCUCCCUCGAAACAGAGCCCGGCAGAGUCCUCGCAGCCGUUCCCCAGCCCCAAAUCGGAGAGGGAUUCGUCCCUCACCAGCCCCGUCAGACCCAGCAAGCGAAGCCACGCGGACCUGGAGAGCGAGGAGGUCCCGGAGAGGAAGGUCCGCGUGGUGACCCCCAUCCACCCCACGGGGGCCAUCCGACGCAGCGACCCGGAGGAGCUCAAACCAGCCGAGCCGGCCCACGCAGUUCACCUCAACAACCAUCUCCCCGAGGGCCACCCAGCAACGACCUACCCCCACCACCUCUACACUGCCAUGUACCCCCCCGUCAGCCUGGUCUCCCAUGGCGAGCACCCGGGCCUGCAGUACCUGAAGAGCCAGUCGGCGGUGUCCCCCCUGGUGCCGCCGAUGGCCUUCCACUCCAUGAUGCUCCACCGGCAGCUGCUGAGCGCCAGCCCCAGCCCGCACCACUUCUACCGGCACCCGGGGGGGGCGGCGCUGUACGGGGACCUGCUGCACCACCUGUACCCGCUCUCCACCCUCCACCCCCCUCAGCUGUCCUCGGUACACCCCAGCACCAGACUGUGAGGGAGAGAGAUUUCUUUCUUUCUUCAUCCUCAGAAAACUUUCUCAGCUUCUCUUUCUGUCUCUCUUUGCUCGGGGAUUGUGGCUCAGUCGAAAAAAUAAAUAAACACUGAUUAUAAAAAACUAUGGCUGAUUACAGACUGAUAAACUCACCAUUCAGGCAGACUGAAGAUUCCAUUUUCUUUUUUAUUUGUGUAUACAUUUGUUUAUAUACUUUGCACUGUUCUUUAUUUUGUAUCACCACUUACUGUAUCUUUUGUUGUUGUUGUUGUUGUUGUUGUAUCCUUAUUUGCACAAUGCUCAUGUGUAUGUGCUCACAAAUCAGUUUGCCGCUCUCAGUCACCAUGAGUCAGGUUGUUGCUCGGGAUGUGUGAAAAGUGGAGGGCAACAGAGAAAAGCCAUUUGUUUACUGCGUCUGAGGGCUAAACUUUUUUGCUUAAAAACACUACAAGUAACAUGACAACGUAAAUGAAAUUCUUUAUAUAACUAGAGGUGCGUUCACCAUCACAAAAAACGUUCAGCAGCUGUUUAGUGCAUUAUUACACUUUAAGCAGCCAAUGGUGUUGCAUUUGUUUACAUGUCUCCACGCUGAACGCUGUUGCCAGUUUCUGCCACAGCAAAUCCUCCUUGGCAUAAACAUUAACACUCAUCGCGGUGCUGCAUAACAUGAAAUGGUGUUGUCGUGACAUCCAGAGGUGCUGUGUAUAACAGAUGUACUGUAGGCUCUCACAGUUCAGGUCUUUAGUCGUUAAAUAUUUCAGUCCAGAUCAUACAACGGCAAGCAGCUGUCAAUCGGGUUGACCAAUCAUGAAUGUUUUUUAGUUAACGUUAAUGAAAAGCUUCAUUUUUAUUUCCUAAAUUGAAAUUCAUUUGAUCCCAAACCCCCUUGUGAUGAGUGGACUGUAGCAGCUUGUGUUCCUCGUCUGUAGGACCAGCGUAAUGAAGCAGCUGUGGAAUGUUCACCACAAGAAAUCAGCUUUUCAUCUUUUUGUUGUCGAAUUGAAAAGCUCUUUUUUGGUGAACAGACUCUUUUCAUUCAAAGAAAAGACUCACUGUAUCAUUUGAUAGGAAUGUUGUCACUUAUGAUAUUAUUGCUUUGCAAAUAUCUGUGCCUUUCGCAGUCUUGAAUUAGAGUUAGCACUACAGUUGUUAAGGUUUAUCUUCUGUAGCAGGGUAGAAAUAUCAAUAUUACUGUCACUCGUGUCUGAACUGCAGCGCACAGACACUCAUACAUACAAAAACUAAACGGCACACUUGGCUUUCAGACACCAGACUUGAUAGGCACAACAUUUUAAGUUUUUUUAAAUAUAAACAGUUAUGCUUUAACCUAAUGGUUAGUAUUGUGCUUAAAUGACUCCAUGUACUUAGCUGAACUGUGUCAGGCAGUCACCUAUAGAAGAAAAGAUUUACUUGUAGUUGAUAUUGACACAGGUCUGGUGUCUGUUAUCCGCAGGGCGUGUGUGCUUUCGGUGUUUUCUUAGCAGUGAUGAAAAGGUACAAGACUCCAUAAAGUAUGCCGACCACGCUGAAGCGCCUGAGGUGGAGACACAACACCUGCUCUGGCUUUUACAACCACUAUAAUUGCAAUCCAGGAUAGUCGAAAUACACAGUCAAACAUGUCCGGUGUUUCAAAAGAAGAAGAAAAAGAAGCUGUUAACGUCUGUGUAGAGAUUUACUGAAUACUUAGAUAAAGAUCAUUUCUGAUUAAGUACUGUACAUUGCUGUGUGUAGGUAAAACUGGCAUUAGUGCUGGUUUCUGUACAGAACAUUCAUAUGGGAUCAACUCAUGACAACCCCUCUCUUGUCUUAUUGUCUGUGUAAAUAGCACUGUAGAUAGUACCGCGUGGUUGUUAUCAUAUAAACUGUUAUAAUCUGUAAAUAGUAUAAAAACAGUAUAAAAGUCGGUUACACAAUCUAGCUGUGUCCUUGUUUGCUCUGUGUCAAGGUCACCGCGAUCCUGAUAGAUUUAAACAAACACUACAAUUUAAGAAUUAGGAUACUCUUUAUUUGUUGUCGGUUCACAUUUUUUUCCACGUUGUCUCCAUUAUUGUGCAUCCUGAAAGUGUUUUUGAUACAGUAGCCAUCUGUUUACCAAUCACCCGGCUGGUGAGCAAGACAAAAAAAUAAAAUACAUUUUGUAUGAUAUGACCUCCUGUAUAUUUAAUUAAAAUAUUUUACUAUCUAUACAUGUUUCCUCCAGU